AUGCCGUAAUGCUUGUACAAUACGCAUCGUUGGAUACGCCGCUGCAUACAGACAAUGUUACUGACCGCAACCGUUGAAACUCGGUCCCAACCCACUUUGUUUCCAUCACGGAUCGCCGGAUCAAGCUCGCAUUUUCAUUCUUAUUCUCAUUCAUUAUUUAGCUUUCUACCUGGCAGGUAGCUUUGUCCGUACACCUUUCUCACUGCACGUGUUACUUGUAAAUCACAUAAACAUCGAUUUGCAACAAUGGUUGGUUCGUGAUUAGUAGUUCCGUCUAAACUUUUACUUCAAAAAGUUUAUUAACUGUGAUUGUUUUAAGUUCCUAUACUACGCUAGUAUUAUUUUGUUGUGAUCUGCACCUCAGUUAUAAUGGAUCCUGGUAUACUGUGCUUCCAGCACUGCGGACCGAAAAUAUUCUGCUUUUCGUUACCACAAAAUUGCCCGAUUUGUGGAGGGAAUGUUGAUGUCGGUGAUUUCUCAGUGCUUCCUUUCAGAGUUCCUUAUCCUUUCGUAAAGGCAUCUCAGUAUUCCUGUGCUGUUGUGAUUAAGCCGACAACGGGCGAUUUCCUGAAUGACUACUUCAACUCAACCGACCUCCACAUAGGGGUAACCACCUCAGAAGGCACCAUCGUAGAAUUUGACAGACAUGGUUUACGGCAGCACCGCUCCGAUCAAUGGGGACAAUGUCUACUUCUCGAGCAGGUAGCAAACUCCUGGUCUGAGCAUUGGGACGCAACUUUGAAUCGAGUCUGCCAGCAGAGUUGCUGGUCGGCUAAAGACUAUGACGAAGACAGACAUAACUGCUACAGUUUUGUGCUGAGAUUUCUUGAGGCGUUGGAUUACGGCAGUUUGAGUGCAUGUGCUAGAAGCAGGACUGAGUUUUGUGAAAAAUACGUGGUGCCGAGAACAACUUCGGCGGGGAAGUAUAUUUCGCUAUAUAGGAAGUUGAAAACAUAUCAGUUUUAUGUUUAUAAGAAUAAGCUCAAACACAAAGGUGUCAUUUGAAAUAGUCAAAUUUUCAGUGUCACAUAUGCAGCAUACAUUCGAGGUGAACCAUCCUUUAGGAAAUAUUUAAACCGCAUUUCACGAGUAUCCAUUACGUUUUGACGUCUACUGAGGUGAACAGCUGAUCAGCAAGUGACAUCCUGUAUUAGCCUAUAACGUUCGUAAUAAUCAAUCUGGUGUAAUAAAUCUGGUAAAACUUCAGAGCCGUUGUUCACGUAUCUAGAUACUUCUGGUGACUGGUCAUUUUGGCAAUAAAAUAUACAAAACACAUAGAAAAGCGUUUAUCAGAAAAUUAUUAUAGUACCGCUGGGAAUUUAAAAUGAAAGUCAAUAGGACAGACUGUGUUGUCCUUUCAAGGAGCUGUAAGUUUACAUGUAAAAAUAAUCUAGACACGUGUUUCUGGUUAUAAUUAACCAUCAUCAGUGUAAUGUAAUUCAGAUAUGGCUGUUUCAAUGCCGUCUAAAAUGAUAGGGUAUUUCAAGUUCUAAAAAGUAGAGAUGACUAACAAAGCCAAACACUGGGUAUCUCAUUUCAUUCAUUCCUUCUUUACUUGAAAUGUAGUCAUGAUCAUUAGCAGCACUUGUCACAUUUUACCGUAAUGGAUACUCCUGAAAAAGACAGUAUUGUACGUAUUUUAUCGGUAUUUUUUGUUAUAUAUUAUAGUAUAGCAUUACUUAGCAGAUAAUUUGUAAUCAACUGCUUUGGGUAAAAGUACACAUGUUUAUUGCUUGAGUGCUUAUAGAUAUACAUAUCAAAUAUAUAAAAAAAUAUGGAAGUUGUAACGAAAUGUGUUUAUAAAAUGAGACUAUAAAAGGAUUGUGAUUUGAAAUCAUUGAUUAAAAUACCAAAGAAAUGGUUUUAUUGGCUUAUUGAAUCUAACAGUGAUUUUUGUUUUUGAAGAGA